UGAAAAACGAAUAUUGCAAAGUUCGUUAGAAGUUUCGAGGAUUAAUUUGUGUCGUUCAAUAGAAACAAUGUUCUUCAAUAUAAUACUGUUGCAUCCGCAACAUAAAAUGAGAUUCGCCCUUCCAUGGCGGGCCGCUACAUUGGGAAUAUCUAGAUUAUCAAAUUACGAUGUAAGAAAAUGCGAUAUCGUCGCAUUAUGUAACUGCAUCAAUGAAUUUGUUACGAAUAACUCGUUAAAUCCGAAAAAAAGGUUUUCACUGAGACUGUCCUCCAUUUUAAUACACGGCGUCUGUUUAAUUUAUAAGAAACAAGUUCUUUUGCUCCAAGUGGAAAUCGAUAAAAUAAUCAGGAAUCGUGAGAUAGCACUAAAUCAAUAUGGGGAAACAUUGCCCAAACCAAAAGCCAAACCAAGAACUAAAAUUACAAAGAAAAAGCCAGAUGCUGAAACCCCACAAUCUUUAGAAAGGGUUUUACAAACCAGAAGCAUUAGACAGCCGGAUGUACAGCCUUUUAAUUUAGAGCCUCUGCAGAUUACCGAACUGCCACCUGAAAGCGAUGCUAUUCUCCAGGCAAGGGCGGGAGAAAUUACAAUUAGGGAAGAAAUGCCUAGGACACAGGAAAUGUACAGAUUGGAUGAUGAUUUCAAUUUAUUAGAAGUCGACAUGCGCCCUAUUGAAAGAGGUAUUCCUGAACCUCUUCCAAUGGAAGUCCCUCAAGUACCGCCUCAAGAAUUGGCAGAAAUUGAACCACCAGUAGUUCCAUUGAAGGAAGCAGCCAUUUUGCUAGAAGAGCCACAAAUUGAAAUACCAGUACCAGCUCCACUUGAGGUAGAUGUAUCUGUAGCACCGCAAGAGCCUGUAGUACAAAUGGUUCAAGAGGAACCGCCUGUGGUUCUUCCUCAAAGGGAUGAGGAUAUUGCUGUAGUUCCGCAAGAGCCUGAAGUGCCAGCAGUUCAGGCGGAACCGCCUUUGGUUGUUCCUCCACAGACUCCAGUAAGAGCUGAACCAAUCAGACAUCCUGGGCAAGUAUUGCUGUUACCAAGAAAAGCAGCAUUUGUAUUAAUUAAUAAGCCACCGGAGCUCUUCCCGGAAAGAUUGCCAGUAGAUUUAAACUUUAAAGUGCCAAAGUUUGCACGUAUAGAAGAAUUUUGGCCAAGAGAGGAUGUUAGUUUAUCAGCAAUAGAUGUCGCUCGAGGUCCUGAAGAAGUAGAAUCUUUAAGAACGUCAGGCACUCCUCUUACCAUUAGAUCUGAAGGGCGUACAAUCACACCAUUGAUCGAUACACCUUCGUUUCAAGGUAUAGGAGCUAGAAGUUCCGAAAUUGCUUCGGAACCACCAGUUGAAUCAAGAAAGCGACCUCGUGAGACAAUCACAGAAAUGUUUCCGCCAGCUGCAGAGGCUAUUGAACCACCUAGGCAUUUAGACGUUACUCCAAGGAAGAGACCAAAAAUCGUUACUAUCGAAGAAGUUAAGGCUGAUGAACAUAUCGCGCAUCCUCCAAUGGAAGAUAUUUCAUUCAUUCAGCCUCUAGAAUUGUUUGAGACAACAAAAAGACCACCUACACCACCGGCCGUGGAAGCAUUUACAGAAAAAUGGUCUGAUGAGAUAAUGAAGGUUAUAUUGAAAGUGCAGGUCAAAAUUAAGCCGGUAGAUAUUUGUAAGGAAAUGGGAAAAAGGAUUACAAAACAAAGCAUGGCCCGUAUUUUUGCAGCCUUAUUAGUUCUUGCAAAAGGAAGAUAUGUAAUAUUAAAUAGCGAAAACGGUUCCUGUGAGUUAGAAUUUGUCGAAAGAGGUGUUAGGAAAUACCAUUUCUAAUUUGUUUUAUAAAAUUAACUAUUAGUUCAUAAAUUGUUUCGUUGUUUUACGUUACUAAUUUUUAUUAUAACAUUAUUAAAUGUUAUAACUGAUUAUAUAGUUUAUUGUUGUGUUUUGAGUUUCAAGUUUAUAGAUGUUACAUUUUUUAUCAGAAACUUUAAAAAUUGUUUUAAUUAUAAAUGCUUAUAAUUAGUUUUUAAAUAAUUAUUCAAGGAUUUUAAUAAUAUGUUGCUGAAGUUAAACUAAUGUAAA